CUUAAGCCCAGCAGCAGCAGGUCAUGACCAGGAUCCAUCCAGGGCACGCCAGGCAUGGGCAAAAGCAAUGGGCAAAGCGCAGCAGCAACCGCCCGCCCCUGCUCGCAAGGGCCUCGUUGCUGGCCAGCCCACCUUUGCGCCUGUGCAUCACGACGCCGCGACCCAAAUAUCAACAAUCUCGCGCCGCCCACUCGCCCGCCGUCGCCCGCCAAUCCUGCACCACUUCUGCUGUCCUGUCUGCUCUCUCAGACUUUUCAUCCUUCCUCGAACACCAACAGCAACAAGCCGAUCCAAGUGCGGGUCGCAGCACAUCCUCAACCCCAUUCACACCGCUACACCCCACCUUCCACAUAACCUGUCAACCGCAAGCUCACGCUCCUCUCCGUCAAGAUGUCGGUCGUAUCCCUCCUCGGUGUCAACAUCCUCAACAACCCGGCAAAAUUAACCGACAAGUACGAGCUUGAAAUCACAUUCGAGUGCCUUGAACAGCUGGAAAAGGACCUCGAGUGGAAGCUCACAUAUGUCGGUUCGGCCACUUCUACCCAAUACGACCAGGAGCUCGACUCCCUACUUGUCGGCCCCAUCCCCGUCGGUGUCAACAAGUUCAUCUUCGAGGCCGAUCCCCCGAACACAACAAACAUCCCCAGCAAUGAAGUCCUCGGCGUCACCGUCGUCCUCCUGACAUGUGCCUAUGACGGCCGCGAGUUCAUCCGUGUCGGCUACUAUGUGAACAACGAGUACGAGACCGACGAGCUCAAUGCCGAGCCCCCUGCCCAGCCCAUAAUGGACAAGAUCCGCCGCAACAUCUUGGCCGACAAGCCGAGAGUGACACGAUUUGCGAUCAAGUGGGACUCUGAAGCUUCCGCCCCCGCCGAGUUCCCUCCCGAGCAACCUGAAGCUGACCUCCAGGCUGACGAAGAGGAAUAUGGCGCUGAGGAGCUUGACGAGGAGGAGGCCGAGGAGGAAGCCGCUGCCGAUGACGCGAGCAAGGCUGUUGCCGGAGCCGACGGCGAUGCUGACAUGGCUGGCACCGCUGAGGCUGCUGCCGCCGAGGAAGAGGAAGCUUCCGACGACGGCAGUGUCGAUCUCGAGGACGAGAGCGAAGAUGAGCUCGUCGAGGAGGUUGAGGGUGAGGGUGAAGGAGAGGCCGCGGAUGGUGAUGAUGCGAUGGAGGUUGAUGAGAAGCCUGCUGCUGCCGGCAAGCAGGAGGUCAUGGCUCACUGAACGCGAGCUUCGAGGGUGCAAUCACAAAUUGCCUACCACAGGCCUUCUGGGUACUGAGCGGCUCUGGCCCCAGAAGACAAAUCUCAAAGCAUGAUGAUGCGAAGCUCUAUUCAUUAUGAUGUGGAGUUGGAGGCAUAUCUUGGUUUUGCCCUGGUGGCGGCAGCAACAUGCUGGAUUUUUAGAGUUUAUGCAAGUUAGAUAUCGAGCGAUACUCUUAUCAGACGCUAAAAAGACGAAGUGUUCAAGAGCACGAGGCGUAUCUUGU